AUGGCCAUACGGAGCAUUGCUCUCCUGCUUGCAACCCUCCCUCUUGUCUUGGCUACAACCAUCUAUGUCUCCCCCACCGGCUCCGACACCUCUGCCGGCACCCUCACGGCCCCUCUCAAAUCCAUCCAAUCCGCCAUCGACAAGGCCGUACCGGGCGAUACCAUCUACCUCCGCGGUGGCACCUACUCCCCAAGCACCAAUAUCCAAAUCAAGAAAUCUGGCACCGCCAACAGCCCCUACACGCUCAGCGCCUACGCCUCCGAGACCCCGAUCAUCGACGGCGAAGCGCUUCCUUCCACUCCGGCACCUGUGGGCGGCAGCGUCGCAAAAGCCGACCGCGGAGUGCUACACAUCGAAAGCGCGAAUUACUGGAAUAUCAUUGGGAUUACGCUGAUCAAUGGGCCGUAUGGUGUGUAUGUUGAGAGUUCGAGUAAUAAUCUGUUCGAGAGGAUUGUGACCCAUGAUAACUAUGAGACGGGGUUCCAGAUCCAGGGCGCUAGCGCGAAUAAUAAGGUGUAUUAUUUGGAUAGCUAUAUGAACAGGGAUCCGAGGAAGAAUGGCGAGAGUGCGGAUGGGUUUGCGUGUAAGGAAGGGAGUGGGGAGGGGAAUGUGCUGAAGGGAGCGAGGCUAUGGAACAACGUCGACGAUGGGCUGGAUCUAUGGGAGUUCAAAUCCAGCGUAACCGUUCUCGACACCAUCUCCUGGGGCAAUGGCUUCAACCGGUGGUCCUUCCCCGACUUUGCGGGCGACGGCAACGGCUUCAAGCUCGGUGGCGGCGACGCUGCCGACAUUGGUCCCGCGAACCACAACAUCACGAACUGCAUCGCCUUCUCCAACGCCGCCAAAGGCUUCACGGACAACAAGCAAGCGGGCAACUUCGUCAUGCUGCGCAACACGGCCUGGAACAACCCGCAAGUGGGGUUCCAGCUGCAGACGAGCGUGACGACGCUGAACGGGAAUCUUGCAGUGCUGAAUGCAGGGUCGAGCGGGAAUGCGGCGCAGAUUAGCUUGAGCAGUGCGCAGAAGGGAAGUGGGAAUUCUUGGAGUGGGAGUAAGGUUUGGGGGAACGGGAGUCUUGCAAGUGUGGAUGUGGCACUUGUGCAGGGGAAGAGGGGAGCGGAUGGGAGGAUCGUGGUUAGUGAUUUCCUGUUGCCGGUUGAUGGGAGUGCGGUUGGGGCGACGACUCAUUGGGCUUGA